AUGGCGGCGAAUCAAUUUGAGGACGUAGUUCAGAGAUGGAGAAUAACUGAAGAAAAUGACUUCAGAAAAGAGGAUCAUGACCUUUUCCUAAACGCAGGUCUUACCUCCAUUGCCCAAGGUAACAGUGCUCAACUGCUUGACUUCAUAAAGCAGGAGGCCAAUCAGCACAUAGUGAGGUCUAUGGCAUGCAGACUACUGCCUGCACUGGUGAAAAAUCACAGUUGUGCUCAUGGUCAGGCUAUCCUCGAUCAUCUCAUACUGGUCUGCAAUGUCAAAGAGCUCCUCGAUAUUUUACUACAGCAAAUGGAUGACAUUGAUCCGGACGCUACUGCAGACUCCAUCACUAUUCUCAUGCCUCUUAUUCAGACAGUGCUGUUGAGAAUGGAGUCAAGGGCAUUUGGAUUCGCUUCGGCCAUGGAUUCUCUUCAGAAUCAGAUUUCAAAGCUGCCAGUACCAUAUUCGCAAAAACAGGAACAGGAAGAUGAGUAUGGGCUCUGUCGAUGCUGCAACGCAGCACUGACCUUUGUACAACCCUUUGUGCAGGAAGUCAAGAAUCAACACCUGAACUCAGCAGCCACCAACCAAGACACAAACCUAAGACCUACUCUUCUAAAAUUCUGCAUGGCGAGUUUGAGAGAACCUCUUCUUCAAGCUCAACUAGACAGAGAACUGAAUACAAUGGAAAAAUCACCCCUGUGGAAGUUUGCUACAGAAAUUAUGGCAAUCCUAGCAAUGAUUCAAGAGCCCUUGCCAAACAUUUUAUUUGGCAUUGCUGUGAAAAGUGCUGCCUGUCACCCAAUUGAAUCGAGAGCUUGUAUUGCUUACUUGCUCUUUGUCCAGCUUAUUGCUAUGGAGGUAUUUCCUGCAGUGUUUAGCCCUGUUUUUAUCCUGAAGUGUAAUAUGGAAUACAUCAAUCUUCUGUUGAGUAGAAAGGAUGAAUCAUGGAUUUUGAAAGGCUUGGACUUAAAAGUAAAAAGUUUGGAGAGAGUUACAGACAGCAGUCUCCCAGCAGAGCUCUUAGAACUGAAAUCGUUUCAUGAGGUUCCGCAGAACUUAGUUAAAAUCAUGACAGACUGUCCAAUUCAUCAUUUAAAAGGGAAAAGUCUUGUAGUGUUCCAGCUCUUUAUAGAGAAGCUUAAUAGUGAAGCCAAGCACAAGUUCUUCAGACGCAUCAUGAAAACAAGUCAUCAUGCAGGAGUAGAAAGCAUCAUCAUCAAAAACAUCAAGAAUCAAGUGGAACUGCUAAGAAAGUCAGGUAACCAGGGCGGUUGGUUUGAGGGGACGCGGUUCGUCUCACUGCUCAGAGACAUCAUCAUUCUCCCACAGGGCCAUGAAACUGACUUGCUACAUGGAAUGGACAGGAUCAUGGAGUCUCUGAAUAUUCUGAGGUACUUGUUACUACUGGAACGAGAGAGAUGUACCCGAAUGUGGACAGACUUGUGUGACAUUGCAAACAGUUACACACAGUUAUUACGAGUGUGUCUGAAAAUGUCUAAAUCAUACUACAGGACAGAGUUACAAAAUCUACGAGAGGAUAAAAAGAUACGGGCCAAAGAAUUUAAAGAAGCCUCUGGGAAUAGAAACGUCCAGAGAAUGAUUGUGAAUGCUGAGAUGCUUGGCAGCAUGCCACGUGAUACACAGGACAAGGUUCUGCAGUGCGCCCUGGUUACGUAUGACUUAAUGGAAAGCCUUGUGGUCCGUAUAGAGGAGAACAUAAAGAAUCCAGAAUGA